AGCCUCAAAGAUGUUAAUAAAUAUGUGUAGAAUUUGCGCCAGGCGCAAUCUCUGUGAACAAAGCAUAAAUCUGUUCGAGCAUGCCAACAGGAAAGUGGUGCGACAUAUUUUUAUGAUUGCUGGUGUUCGGUUGAGAGAUCUGUCGAAUGUUCCUGCCUUCAUAUGCCAUUGCUGCCAGUCGGAUCUCAAAUUGGCCAUGACCUUUCGAAAACUGUGCCUUAAAACCCAGAAACGAUGGCAGCCCAAAAUCGUGGUACACGAAGAUUCCUCGCUUAGCGAAACCGAAUGCCAAGCAACAGCUGAGACGUUAAAGAUAACAAGACAGAAUUCUGGCAAAGUCAGCAAAUUCAGUGAAACCGAUGACGGGGCACAGGAGCCGGAAGAACCGUUUAUAAUAAUGCUGGAAGAGCAGCCAACGAGCAGUCUUUUCGUAUGUGAACAAAUCGAUGAGGAUGAGCCAGAGGAAAUCUGCAGCGAAGAGGAGCAGUCAACUGCUGAUCCCAUACUAACCACAAAUCCCAAAAAUGACCACAAAGUCACAAAGCAGGAAGACGAACCCUACAUAUGCGAACAAUGUGGAAAGCAUUCCCAUUCAAAGACUGUAUUUGAGCGGCACAUGCGAAAACACACGGGAGAGCGCCCGUAUGGCUGCCUCGAGUGUACCGCCAAGUUCCUCACGGCUGCCGAACUCCGCUCCCAUCAUCGUGUCCACACGGGAGAACGACCGUUUGCCUGUCGCUAUUGUGAGCGGCGGUAUGUGAGCUACAUGGGCAGAUUGAAGCACGAGAGAAUCCAUACCAAUGAGCGGCCUUUUGUCUGCGCCGAGUGCGGCAAGACAUUCACGAAUUCCUAUAUACUUAAGAAUCAUAUGCUUGUGCAUACGGGCGAGCGACAAUUUCGAUGUGAUCUCUGUGAGCGAUCUUUCCAGCGUAAGACGCAUCUGCGGACGCAUUUCCAAUCGAACACUCACAAGCAGAACGUCAUGAAGCAGCAGCAAGGCGGUGUCAUGUGAAAUCUUUUAGAAUAAUUCAUAUUAGCAGGGAACCAAAUAGAAAAGAAACUUAGUUUAAACGAGA